AUGGGACAUAUUUGCUUCUUUAUUUUCCAGUGUCUUCUACAAUCCAUGUUAGAAGCACAGUCUCAAAUUGAUUUCUGGGGCCAAAUAGAACUUAUUUUUUCGGAAGAACCGGAAUAUCUCGAUGAAGGUGCACAUGACACUGGAUCUUCUGUUGAAAGUGCUUUUGAAAACGACUCUACUGCUUUGAGGGACGAAUGGGAAGAAAUUCAUUCCGAUAUCAUAGAAGCAGAAGAUGGCCAAGAGCACGCUGUUCCUACAGAAACUUCAGUUUCUCGCAAUUUGACGAACGAUGCUCCCAAAGAAACUUUUUCGAGUGAAGACGACAUUAUAAGUGAAGAAACUGGUAAGGUCGAAAAUUGCAAUACUUCAACUAAUAAUAAAAAUGAUGGCCAAGUUAAAAAUAAUACGUCUGUAGAGAAAACCGAUAAAAAUUUUAAAGAAAAGGAAGGCUUUAUUCCAAAAAAAACUUAUCCCACUCCUCCACCUUCACCAGCAUCUGGUUGGAGAUCGAACUAUUAUCCCAAAUCAGGAAAGGAUAAAUCUUGGAGAGGAGGAUGGCCUCCCGAUAAUCGAAAUUUUGAUCAUCGUAAUCAGAUGAAUAGGGCUAUGCCGUGGAUGCCUCCUAGUCGUUCAUAUCCAACGAAUCCAAACUGGUCGCCAAACAUUUUUCCAAUGCCUGCUGAUGGCAAAUCAUGGAACCAGAGAGGUUAUCCAAAUGCUCCACCUUCGCCAUCAUACAACCCUCCAAGAAAUACUCCUUGGUGUUCGUGGCCUCAACGUGGCCGUAAUUAUAAUCCUCAUCCAUCUGGUGGGUGGGGGCAGAGACCAUUUGGUAUGUCAUCUUAUAACGAUCAACAACCUCCUCACGAUUUUAAUAUGCCAUCUCAAUUUGCUUUUCCUCCGAGGCAGUCUCCGCCUCCAAUGGAAGAUCAAUAUUACGGAUAUAAUCAGUAUGGUUGGUCUCCUCCAAAUCCAUCUAGUUGGAGUAAGGGGACACAAAACAGUCGAUGGCAACCAGAAUCAUAUCCUCAACGACCACAGUUUCGACCACGCUUUGGAAAAUAUUAA